UUCAAAGUCAAAAUCUUUUUUGAAAAAAAAAAAUAUCAAUAAUAAACAUAAAAUAGAAAGUUUUAGAAUACGAAAAACAAGAAGAGCGAAGAAAAGAGAGCGCAAUGAAGGAAGUGCCACGAGAUAAAGCUAUCGAUAUAGAAGGAAAUGUCGCUGAGCCAAUCGAAAACUUAAGACUCAAACUAAUUUACAAAAUUGUGUUCUUCACAUUGGGAAUAUUAGCCACGCUUACAAUAUUAAUUUUGAUCCGUUUAUCGGACAAUUUGGUAAUUGAGAAGAAAAGACAAGCCUUAAGACACUUCGAGGAGCUUGCUAGUCAUGUAAUUGAGCACCAAAACCAUUCUAUUUGAAGUGGCAAUACAUAGUAUGUAUAUUCAUGGCAGACUAAAGCAGAGUUUCUUAUGGCUAUAUACAUAGAGACCGUUGAGGCAGCAUUCGAUUACGACUUAUUAUAUUUACAUAUUUGAUAUUUUAAAUUAAAAUUUAAUUAUAUAAUUUAAAUGAAA